GACGUAAGACGUUCAGCUAGUUGAGUCAACACAGCCAUGGAUACGUACCCAGCAGGAAAUGGAUGAGGAGACGACACAAAACCUAGGAUCAGCUGAUAAUACUUCAAAGAAAAAUGAUUGGCCAAGAGAGUCAUGUGAUCAUCAGCUAACAAUGUCUGGUGAGAUGACGCAACCUGUGGAUGACGCACCAGCAGGACCCGUGGGGUCAAGAAACGACGAGCUGACGACCUCGACCUCACCAGACCCAGGAGCCAAGUGCAAGAAGGUCGGGCACUACCUGCUGGCCCAGUCCAUAGGUGAAGGCUCCUACGGUAAAAUACGGCUGGCCACUCACCUGAUAUCAAAACAACAGGUGGCCAUAAAAGUUGUGGCCAAAAAACUUCUAGUCCAGCGCGAGAUGGCACGACGUCACUUCCGGCGCGAGGCCCUGCUCCUGCAACACGUGCAUCACCCGCACGUCGUGAGGCUGUACGAGGCAAUGGAGACCUCCAACUCUUAUUACCUGGUCUUUCAGCUGGCGUCUGGCCCCAGUCUACUGGCCCAGCUGUCUAAAUGUGGCCAGUUUUCUGAGACAGAGACACGAGAGUACAUGAGGCAGAUCGUGUCUGCACUUGACCACCUGCACAGGUCAGGCAUCGUUCACAGAGACAUCAAGUUGGAUAACUUUUUACUGGAUGACGAAAACAACAUUAAGAUAGUUGAUUUUGGCCUGAGUGCCGUGUGCCACGACUCCGAUCACCACCUCAGCAGCCAAUGUGGCAGCCCUGUCUAUUCGGCGCCUGAGCUGUUCGCAGGCAGGAAGUACGGGAAAGCUGUGGAUAUCUGGAGUUUAGGCGUCUGCUACUUCGCCAUGUUAACUGGCAGACUUCCGUUUUUACCUGAGGAUGAGUCGUCCCUACCCCAGCUGUACUCACUCAUACUUAAGGGGUGUGUCGUACCCGGACACCUGUCUGCACCGUGUCAGGACCUGAUUACCCGGAUGUUGGAGAUCACGGAGAGCCGACGAAUCACGGCCGAGGAGAUGCUGACUCACGUCUGGCUGCUGGGCCCCGAGGGUCGGGCCAUCAAGCGCGUGCCGGUGGUCCCGAAGAGGCUACACGACAAUGUGGUUAACCGCACCAUCGUCAGGUACAUGUGCGGCAAGUACCGGUUUAACGAGGCUGAUGUCAUCACGUCUGUCUUAGACCGGAAACUCACCUCUGCGGCAGCCACCUACCACAUCCUGAAGGACGGGAUUGACGCUGGUAAAGUCAGCAUCGUGUUCCCCAAAGAUUCCACAGAUCUCCAGAGUUCGCCCAACUCCAGAAAGUCAUCUGACACCCUCCCUCCAAUCACCACAGCCACAUCUAAACCAUCCACUGCCUCGAGCAAGGAGAGCAGUGUGUCCGAAGUGACCAGCGCGAACAAGAAAACUCCCCAGCAGACGACAGACAGCACCCAAGGCUCGUACAAGUCCGCCAUCUUGGUGCUCAAGCGAGCCAGACAGCACGUCCGUCACAGCGAGGAUUCGAACCUCCCAGACACCAGCGACUACGUCCUGGUCGGGAAAUCCCCCAGAAACACCUCCAGUCAGAACAAUGACGUCACGUGUCUGUCUGCCGGCCCGGACACGUCAUCUAACUCCUCCCCCUUCACCCUCCCGCCCAUCGUCUCCAACAUGGCUGCAUGGAACGCCUUCAAACCUCCCAAGUCCGACCUGCAGGGGAGGAAACCGUUCUUCCAUCGCGUGCCACCGGAAGUUUUUCACCUGGACGUCAAGGGCGUCACGCCAUAUUUGUUCCACCGGAACAGUUUCUCUUCCAGUGUUCCCAGCGCGGGAUCGUCUGGUGUUCCAGCCCGCAGUCUGAGAGACCCCUUCUCCAGAAACACGUGGAACCUUUCGCAGACGACACGACGUCUGCUGCGGGAUCAUCGUCUGCUCAAGCCCCACACCGAAGGGGAGGCGACACACCUGAACAGGCAAGAUUCGUACGAUGUUUAUUCCAGAGUGCGAGGUUUGUUCAGACUGAGUGGCCAUUCGGCUGGCACCACGUUGGACACUGUCCAGUCUACAGCCACAGAACACCGGUCAGCAGACGGCAGAAUUCAAAACAGAACGGGAUUAUCAGGAAAUGCGUUUGACCAAAACGAUGGUGAGCAUCAAGGCAAGGGAGCGAGUAGGAACGAGACCGACUCGCCCCAGGAGCUGGAGGAAUACUUCACGCCCGUCACGCGAGUCACCAUAACAACCAUCGGUCGACACUGA